UGCGAGCGAAGCCAUGCAGGGUGCCCAGGAAUUUCUUCCUUACUGCUACGAGGCCAAGGAGGGUCGCCGGGAGGAGAAUUCCGACUCCGCCUAUGCCGCCGCCCUGCAGGAUCGCUUGAACAAAGUCAGAGCAGAAGUUGAGCUACAGGCGAAAGUUGCCCAGAGCCUCAAGCGGGAGUUGGAUGAAGUGGAAAGCCAGGCCAAGCAAAAGCACGAGGAGCUUCGGGAACUUCGCCACGAUUGGGCCAAAGAGCAGAUCUCCAGGGAAGCGCUUUUGAGAGAAACUGGGGAAACUGAGCGUAGUCUCGCUUUGAAGGAACGGCGAUGUGCCGAGACCUUGGCGAAACAUGUGGCUGCGGAGUUGCCAGGAGGUGCACGGAAAGCACGGACAGGUGCUGAGAAGAGUGAAACCUCGCGCCGUUUGGCUUCCUUGGAAGAGAAGCGUGUAGAGCUGUCUGCGGGCUUGCAGGAGCUCACGGAUGCAGUGAGGCAGGAACUUGGCCUGAUCAAUCAGCUCACUUCUCGUAGCGAGGUGUUGCGUCGCGAAGCGCGGGCCUUGCGGACAGGUAGUGAAGCUGCCAAGGAAGGUGAGGCCCGAGUCUGGAGAAAGAUGGAGGACGUCUCGGCCGCUGAACUGGCGGCACUACAACGGGAGCAGCUCCUACAACGACAGUCCUUGGACUUGAAAGAGCACGUGCGACAACUGCGAGGGCAGCUAGAAGCGGUUCAAGCGCCAGCAGUGAAUGGUAUGGACCAGGUCGCCUUUGAGCUGAAUAAGAAGCUUGAGGCCAAAGUGGACUUCCUACGCAAGGACUGCGCAAGAUUUUCAAAGGUGGGCGAAUGGUACAGCGAAUGGUACAGCGACUGGUACUGGAAACCCAGGGGAUAAAACAAGUAUCAAUCCAAGCACAACCCUGUUGUGAGGUCCAAUUCUCUGUGAAAAAAAGGUGGGCGAAGUCUUGCGGCCACAUCCUAUGCCAUCGCCACAGCUGGGCCACAAUCUACAGGAGUUGGAGAGAGAGAAAGCCAAGUAUGGGGAACUGGAAAUGUCAGUCGAGGGUCCACAAGCGUCCCAGACAGUCGCACCAACUGAGCAUGGCAAAAGACGACCCCAGACGAGCCCUUGACCGGUGG